CGUUCAAAUUUUCUUGGCUGCUCGUUCAAUUUCAGCCAAAAUCAAGAGAGCAUGAACAUGGUGCCCCGCUACCAAAGUGGAGAUCAAGGAAGAAGAUUGGAUCCCGCACGAAAAGCACUAAAGCUUCCUUUUGAGAUGAUCAUUGAGAUUCUGAGUUGGCUAACUGUAGACGCUUUGCUGAGAAUGAAGUCUGUCUGCAAGAAAUGGUGUGCUUUGAUUGAAGACCAUCACUUCAUUGUGAAGCAUAUGGAUCGGGCUAGUCCUCUGCCAAUAAAAUGUCAAUACAGUAGGAGACAUGACCAAGUAGCCCUUCUUCACAGUAAAAAUAUCCGGUGUAUGUCCCGUGUUGCUGGCUUGUUUGUAGAGAAGCAUCACAGUCUUCCUGUUUGCCGCAUCAGAAAUCCGGUCAUUGGUCACGUCCUUGACUUGCCUAAUGCACAUAUGGAUGUGUGUAGAAUGAAAUGUGCUUUUGAUUCAUUGACUGGUGAUGCCAAAUUAGUAAGUGCUUAUAUCCACAAUGAUGAAGUGGGAUAUGAAGUUAUGAGCAUUGGACAAGAUGGGGAUUGGAGAGCCUUGAAACACCCAAACCAAGGCUUGUUGAAGAAAAAUGGCAAAUGGACAACAAGAAGGCAAUUUUUUCUAACUGAUGAGGUUCAUGAUGGGGUUUAUUUUUGUUCUGAAAUUAUAACAGAUGGGGAAGAUUGGUGCUUGGAAGUCCAAGCUCUCGAUCCGUGGAAUGAGUGCUUCAUCACAACUACAUUGCCCCAAGGAGUUUUCAAUGGCUGCAAGAGAGUUUGGGUUUUCAAUUGGAACCAACAUAUAGCUGUUGGAGAUAUUGUAGAGGAAGAACUUCAUGUCUUGGUGCUAGAAGACUUGAAAGAGGAACAAUGGAGUCAAAAUAAGAUCAUUGUGCCAUUGAAAUUUUUGCAGCAUCAGCCACUUUUGGAUGAUCAAGUUCUCAUUCCUGUGAAGGCUGAUUGUGAUGAGCUCAAGCUGCGUUAUAAGGGAGGGAAGACUCUCUUUUAUGACAUGAACAAUGAGAUGAUUAAGAAGGUGGUGUAUAAAUGGUUCGACACCGAUCUUCUGGGAUUUUAUAAGCCAAGCCUUGUGAGUCUCAAGGGAAUGAGACAAGACGAGAGGGUACGACACAGAAUGGGGAUUGAUUAGAGCAAUUGCAAUGAAUUUGGUGGUUGCUUAUGAUUAUGAAAUUACUUUUUUAUUUUAAAGAAGUUUGUUUAUGAUAUGCAAAAAUGCGAAUUGGUUUGUUCCAAAUUACUGCUCAAGUCUUUAUACUCUGAU